CCAUCCCUGAAGGGACCAGUUGUUGACAAGUUGUCUUCAAGAUCUGGAGGUUAUAAUAAUUCAUACAAUUACGAAAAUAAUAAAAAAAGAAGUUGAGAUAUAAAUGAAAUGAAUAAAUUAAAUUAAAAGAAAACUACUUCGAAAUCUCACCGACUUUGAUUUAUUUCAUUUACUUCUAUAAUGGCUAACCGAACUGUUAAAGAUGCAAAAUCGAUUCGAGGAACAAACCCUCAGUAUUUAGUGGAAAAAAUUAUAAGAUCGAGAAUAUAUGAUUCUAAAUACUGGAAGGAAGAAUGUUUUGCACUUACUGCAGAAUUACUAGUCGAUAAAGCUAUGGAAUUAAGAUACAUCGGGGGAAUUUACGGUGGAAAUACAAAACCGACUCCAUUUCUAUGUUUAAUUUUGAAAAUGCUUCAAAUACAACCGGAGAAAGAUAUUAUUGUCGAAUUCAUAAAGAAUGAAGAAUUUAAAUACGUGCGUGCAUUGGGAGCACUUUAUAUGCGUUUAACUGGAACAUCAUUAGAUUGUUAUAAAUAUUUGGAACCAUUAUUCAACGAUAAUAGAAAAUUGAGACGUCAAAAUAAAGACGGAGUAUUUGAACUUGUUCAUAUGGAUGAACUCAUUGACGAACUUCUCAGAGAUGAAAGAAGCUGCGAUGUUAUUUUACCGAGAAUACAAAGAAGACACGUCUUAGAGGAAAAUAACGAAUUAGAAGGUAAAGUAUCGGCUCUCGAAGACGAUAUGGACGAAGCAAUUGAAUCGUCAUCUUCCGAAGAGGAAGAGGAUUUACCGACAAUGAGAGUCGAUAGUCGUAAGAGGAACGAUGAGUACGAUCGUGAUCGUGAUCGCAAUAAAGACAGGGAUAAAAGAUAUUCAAGAACGGAGAAGAGAUCGGAUCGAGAGAGGCAAAGAUCGAGGAGUAAGGAGAGGGACAGAGACAGACGACAGAGGAAGAGGAGUCGAUCGCCAAAAAUACAAAGUACAACAAUUAAGGAGAAAGAAAGGGAGAAGGAUCGUCAUCGAAGGGAACGAGAAAAUGAUCGAGGUGGAGGAAGAAGAAGAGAUCGCGAUAGACCGAGACAUUGAUUGUGGAAUUUAUACAUCCAAUGUUUUUUUUAUACGAACAUUAUUCUCCACGAGUGUAAAUUUUCCAAAUAUUUCAUUAAUUUGCAUUACAAUAAUUCAACUAAAAUACUAAUUUCCGUUGAAUUUCUAAUAAUGAACUUUUUUCAGUAUAAAUUUAAUCAAUUUCUAAAGUAUUUAAAUUGUCCAUUUAAAUAAAUUUAUUAAUUAAAGAACAAUUUUAACACUUUUUUUUUUUUUUUUUUUGCUAAAAAUAAAAAUAUUUGGAACAGUUUGAAAAAUCUUACCUUUCGUGUUAAUUAUUCCAAACGGAAAUUGUCCCCUCAUGUCUCUUCUCUCUACUUGAAAUAAUAGCUCAGUUAUGGUCUCUGAACUGUUCUUUGUAAUUUUUCAAAGUGUGUUAGUUUUAAACUAAAGUUCAUUAUAGUUUCUUGUGUGUAAAAACUGAAAAAAAAUUCAUUUCAUUCGUUUAAUAUUAAUAGCAAAAAAAGAAAAUGUUAUUAUAGAAUUUUGAAUAAAAUUUCAUUAUGAAAUUUUACAAA